GCAGCGCACUGUCUCUUUAAACCGAGCACUCAGGAGCCGGAGCGCUAGUUCAGUACAGCAGCCGCCGCGGCUCCCAGCACAGACAGGCUCCCCGUGCCCCCAGCGCGGCCGCCUCUAGCAGCGGGCGAGCUCCGCCAGCGCCGCGCCAGCCAUGGAUCCGCUUCCCAAAGAAGGGGAGCCUGCCCCGGCGGCGGCGGCCGGGGAGCCCAGCAGGGGCACUGCCUCCUCCAGCGGGGUGGUGGUGCAAGUCCGGGAGAAGAAGGGACCCCUGCGCGCUGCCAUCCCCUACAUGCCGUUCCCCGUGGCUGUCAUCUGCUUGUUCCUCAACACCUUCGUGCCAGGGCUAGGGACAUUCGUGUCUGCCUUCACUGUGCUGUGCGGAGCCCGGACUGACCUCCCCGACAGGCACAUGUGCUGCGUCUUCUGGCUGAACAUCGCUGCGGCGCUGAUUCAGAUUCUGACGGCUAUCGUGAUGGUUGGCUGGAUCAUGAGUAUAUUUUGGGGGAUGGACAUGGUCAUUCUUGCUAUUUCACAAGGUAAGUUUUUCUUCUAAGUCUUCUCUUAACUUCCAGUGACUAAAAUCCUGCUUUACCUACUCCGGCAAAUUUCCACUGAAAUCAAUGAAUGUUUGCCCCAGUUAAAGACCUUAGGAUUCAGUUCAGCGUGUUUUACUCAUUUUUAGUCAAAAUCUGACUUUGCAUGUGUGCUCCCAGUCCCCUAAGUAGGAGAUCUCUACAAGCACAGCUGAGGGAGAGUUUGUCCCUGUGCAUUUUUUCAUAGGCCCAGUCUAUACACAAAGCUGUCUCAGUUUACUUAAAGGUGUGGUGUUAAAUUGAUUUAGUUAAAUCGGUGCAGUUUUGUGUGUGACUCAAUUUAAUCCUAAAAGCUCUCAACACUAGAAACUUAUACCACUUUAACUAUACCGGUAUGGUGAAGGGGUACAAUCCCCCUAGUGUGGAUGCAGUUAUAUUGGUAUAAAGGUGCUUUAUAAUAGGAUUGCUAGUUCUGUAUGGGAAGGGGAAUAGCUAUAUCAAUAUAAGGCAACUUUAUAUACGUAUAACUGCUUCCACACUAGGUCCAUGCUGAAAACUUCUGUAUUGGCAUAGCUAUAUCAGGAAGGGGUGUGAAAAAAAGAAGAGGGUUUUUGUUAACCUAGAUCACUGCAUUCAGGGAGGUAGUGUUCCUGAACUGACAGAAGAACCUCUGGCUGUGUGUACACUACUGGGCUAUGGCAGCAUAGCUAUACCAGUAUAGUCUCCAGAAUGUAGACACAACCUAGGGUUUUUACUGGUAUAACUACUUCCUUAAAAAAAAAAAAUCACACCCCUAACCAAAAUAAUUAUACUAGGGUAGACCAGGCCUUAUAUUGGUUUACCUUGCACCUGUAAAUUUAGAAGUGUAAGCUAAACUGAUAUAACCAAGAGUAUCCACAAAGGAGUUUGUAUUAGUCUAACUAAGUUGGUUUUUAAACGGAUUUAAGUUAAAUCAGUGCAAUUUCUGUGCAUAGAGAGGCCCUUAGUUUUUAGGAUUUUUUGUCUUUUAAUCUUGCCUUCAAACCUAAUUCCCAUGUUCUAGCUAAGAAAUGCAGAGGAAACCUUCCUUAUGUACUUUGAAAGUGCUGUUUGGAAAAGCAGAAUGUAUUUCUGGUGUCUAUUUAUCCACACAACAUGUAGAACAAAACUGAAAAUGGACGCAGAAAUAGUAAAGAGUGCCAAUCUCUUUUCUUUGCAUCCCUUUAUUACCUGAGAUAGACCCAGGCUCCAUGAUUUGCACCUGGAUCUGAAUUUUUCUGAUGUGCAGGGAUGUUUCUAUUGGGUUUCGUUUUUUAAAUAUCUCUCUCUGGCUAUUACUUGUCAUAAAAGUUCCUCAAAGAUACAGAUUGGGACACUUUCCAGUAGUUUUCAUUCACAUUUGUAUUCAAAGGGUUUUACGAACAGUGGAGUAAAGAAAAUGAGAGUGGAAAGCUGUUUUAGGAUUUAAAUAUUCCUCUGCAAUGUUGGACAUUUAAAAAUUGCUUGAGAUUCAAGAAGUUAUAUUGACCAGUCUAGUUUCACUGCCCAAGCUGGGGGGGAGGUGAAAAGGAAACGGCAUUUUUAAUUGUUUCAUUUUAAACAUUUCCAUUGUUACUGGUGACACAGAUAAGGACAAUUAUUUUCUUAAAUAGAUGAGCUCCACACUGAUGCCAUUAUAACAACCAUUGGCUCAAUUGGAAAAGCCAGGUGGUAAUUCUGGUAAAGACUUUGUGACCACCUGGAUAAAGUUAAAAGAACUAAUACCGCCAUGGUCACGUGCCAUCAUGAGAAACAGGUGGAGAGGGGUUUUCCUGCCCCUCUCCCCUGACCGUAACCAUCUGGGGAGUAGUCACGGGGAAUGGAGUUCUACCUGCAACGGUGCCCCAAAUAGACGCCCAACUCAACCACCAGGUGCUGAAAAAUAGCUACAAAGGUCCAAGUUCAUGAGCACGUGUCAAUGGCAUCAUCCAGGAGGGCAAAUUCUGUGUUCCCAGGGGAAUGAGACACAGGAACCCACGACACCAUCUGGGAGGGCAGUUCUUGUGUUCCCAGGAAAAAGGUGGAAGAGAAGACGAGAAGCACGGAAGAAUAGGGGAUUGGGUCCCAGCUCUUGGAGUGUCUAAAGCUGGGCACUGAAGUCCCCUGGCUGGACCCCUACAUUUCUAUAGACCAUUUGCGAGCACAAUAGGGAAAAGCCACUAGUGCAUUGCUUCCUUGAUGAUGACAUGAGCAAACAGUGACUGGUUACCUUUAUCUGAGUAGGGUGGGCAAGGCCUGGGACGUAAUGAGAGAAGCCUUUCCCACUCCUCUGUCUUAUAUCAGAAUCCAGAAGCCACCCAGUGCAACUGAUUUCUCCACUCCAACACCUUGCACGCUUACAAAUCCAUCAGCUCAGCUGGGCCCUGAUUAUAAUGCAUGAGAUUCUGAUGUGCUAGUUCAGCAAGAGCACGGAAACAUGGAUGUCGAGGAAGGGAGCAUGAAGGGAUGAGCUCGCUGGUGGGGGCCUGAGAUUUGUGUUCCAAUCCUGGCCUAUUAGCCCCAUAACCUAGGUCUCAUCCUAACCUCGAGUGGAUGUUUGUCCCCAUCACCAGACCACCCUCCAAUCUGGCACUGCUGGGGAGCUCUAUGAGAGAGGGCCAUGCCUGGAAAAAGCCAGGGGUAUUUCAGCUAAGCCUGGAAGAGCAGCUGUCUAAGGGAGAUUGCACACAGCUCCUGUAUGGUUCUUGUUAGCAGGCUCUAGUGAGCACUAGCUUCAUACAAGUUUAAAUAAAAGAACAUGCAAACUUUCCUUUAGCAUCUCAGAUGAAAGUAUCACAAAAGUUAUUAAGCCAGCCAGCAGUGUCUGAAUACUGCAGCUGCUGAAACGCCUUGGGAGUAAUAUUGACGUUUUCAUUCCCUUAACUCUGUCUUCCUCCUGAAAAAUAAUAUACAUGCAUUCAAUAAUGUAGGCAGAAAAGUUCACAUUUACAGGAAGGGGUGUGUGGACCAUUGAAUUUUGUCCCCAUAGGCUCAUCCAUUAUUACCCCUGCCCUAUAUGCACUUCUGCAGUCUCUCCAGGAUCUCUCAAGGCAGACCUGCCACUGCAGACUCUACAGUUACUAACACAGCAGGUGCAGUUAGACAGAGAGCCAGCAGUGGGGAAGACCAAAAAAGCCAGUCAUCUGCCAGAAGAAAUGUUGCCUCCAGGAAGUUGUGUGCCCUGUGACGCCCAGGACACAUGCCUCCAGAUGGAGCAGGACAGCCAUACCUAGGAUGAUGCUUGUCACUGCAGGGGAAACCUGCUGAAAAAAUUGCUGUAUUAAAACUAGUGCUGUGGAAAUCCUUCAUUGUGAAAGCAGGGGAAAGUCACCUCUUUUCAUUUUUGAUGCAGGCCCUCUGCUUCCCUUCCAGAGAGUCACAGACCAUUCAGCAAGCUGCUUGGAGCCAAAUUUCAACCAAGACCUGGGCUGAUUUAUGGCUUUGGAUGGAAACCAGUCAAAAUGGGGCCAUUUUGCUUAAGCUUUGCUGGGGGCUGUAGGAUGGGUUUGAUUCCCCAAUUUCAAAGCAAGGCUCAUGGCAACGUAAACCCACAUGCUCUGAAUCUGGGGAAAAUGUUUGGGAGCCCCCUGUGAACCAGAAGGGCUGAGGAAAUCUGUGUUAGGGACACGGGGACCCUGUGGGCCAGUGUGGUUGCUGUUACAAGGGCAGGUUGUGGGGGGCAGGACAUGCAGAAGGCAGCCAGAACGUUAACAUUUGUGCUCCCUGAGUGCAAUGGCACGUGGGCAAGGCCAGGGAAGCAAAGCGCUCUGUUAUUACUGUGCUGUGCUAGCUCCUACAGGCCCCAAUCAGGACCCCACUGUGCUAGGUGCCGUACACACAGCUAACAAAAGACAGCCCCUCCCCCCAAGAGCGUACACUCUAUGUUUAUGCUGAGGCAACAGGUGGAUACAAGAAGCAGACGGGGGAGCAUGAGGUAACCGUGAGAUGGUUACAGUCAGAACAAUAAGCUGCAGUCCCAGCACGCCACUUGCCCAGGUUGCUGUCAAGUGUUUGUAGGCAUCACAUCAGAGGUGAGUUUUAAGGGGAGAUUUGAAGGAUAAUAAAAACACAUCCCAAAGGGGAGUCUGGCUGCGCAGGAUGGGGGCAUUGCCAGUUGCCCUCGCCCUGUCUGCCCCCCAAACACUCUGAGGCCAGCCCGCGGGGAGGGAGCUGCAGCCACUGCUCCCCAGUGUACUUUGCACAAUGUCCUAAGAGGCACUCUGAAUCGGCUGGCUCUGCGUCCUGCAAACCAUGCCUGCCAGCCAGCCCCAAUGUACGUGUGGCUGCAAAAGCUAUAACCCAGAGCCCAUUUCCUGUCAGAACUGCGCAUCAGAAAGGGCAAUGACCAAGCUACCCCAAAAUGGGCUAAGUCAGCAAUGAUUACCCCAAAAACAAGUCCCCCACUACACAUGCCCUUGCACAGGGGAAAUAAAUGAAAGAGAAAAUUCUCUCUCUCCCCCUUCUUGGCUGACCAGUGGGAUGGGUCCUGUUAAACCUGACCCAUUGCUGAUUGCUUGUUUGCAGCUCACCAAGACUGUGGGCCAUGAAACAACAUUUUAAUCAUGUUCCCUUCCCACCCCACCCCACAGGCUACAAGGAACAGGGGAUCCCACAGCAGCUGUAAUGGCUGGGACAAGGGUGUUCCACGGAACGUGGUGUGUCUGUCAGCUGUGGGCACAAGGACCUUUCCACUUUCAUUUUUCUUUUCUUUUCUUUUUUUUUUUUUUUUGUUUUUUAAACCAAUGCGUGCGUCUGUUCAGCGGAGCGGAGGUGCAGAGCAGCAGAUGGAGACCUUCACUGAUCCCUUUUAGAACCGGCGAUGAGGCAAACAUGACGUGGGUUAGGACUGGCACAGCCAGCACGUCGUGAUAGGCGGCCAAUCCCGAGGAGGGAGGAAAACACUGGUAGAAUGAGACGCUGCUGUGGAAGAUGGCACUUGGGCUGGCGGUGAGAAGAGUGGGGAUGCUGCUUUCUCCAGCUGCAGGGUGUGAAGCAGCUGGAGACAUUUGCCCUCCUUGUAGUUGACCAUUAAAGGAGCCCAGCGGUGAACAUCAAGAUGAAGGAGAUAUUUAUAGAUAUAUGUCCAGUAUGUAAAAGCCAAAGCUGAGUGAUACCUUGUUUCCUGAGAGUCCUUUCUUGACUGCUUCGUGAUAACAGGGGUUCAGCUCAGCCUCUUCUGCUGUGUGUGUUUAUGAUGCUCACUGAACCUCUGUCGUUGCAGAUGCUCUGACGUUUUGCUUGUGGCUGCUCUAAAUCAUACUUUACUGGUGACCCAGGCUGUGAAUAUGCCCUGCCUGCUUCUACCUGCUGAAAGAAGAGAAAAGACUUGACCUGCCACGAGCCAGUAACAAACUGGUUCUUACAAAGAACUGGGUCGCCAUGGUGUGACGUGUGCUUUGUGCGGGGGGGUGGGGGGGGGUGGAGUGAGGUUUGUGCUGUCUAAUGCUUCCGGUUUAAACUGGUAUUUUACAGAGACUAAAAUGCCAGUGAAAGAGACUUGUGGAUAAAUAGCACCAUACUGUGGGAGUUAAUAUAAUUAUUGUGUGUGUUUUGUUGCCUGUGUUGCAUGAUACAGUGGUCUUGAUCCUCUUCCAAGGGGACAAGUGCCCAUAUUUCAAAGACCACUGCAACAGAUGGCACUAACUGGUCACCAUGUUAGCAGUCUUGGCCACUCACUGGAGCAUGGAAAAUUAACUACCCUUUCAAGCCUAGAGUGGUGGUCCCUCCAGGUCAGGGUUGAGCCAUACUGAUAUUGUGAAACACUGCCACUGACUAGCCUUCAAAUAGAUGCAGCAUAAAGAAAGGACUUCAUUCUCCAGGCCCCUCCAUCCAGCACACCGGAAUGAAAUUCAUGGGAAGAUUGAUGGCCUGACAUUCAGAGGUGUGUGGGUGCUCAGUACUUCUGAAUAUCAGGCUCAUAGUGCACUGUGAACAAUGGACAGAACCGUGUUUGCCAGUCACUUUCCCUCUAUGAGAAGAUGAUGAGAGGAGCCAUUCAGAAACAAAAUCAUACUGCCAUUCUCACCCUCUGGGAACUAUUCUUUCAGCAAACUAGUUAAAAAUCCCCACAGCCUUAAUCGAGACACAUCAAAAGAGAGACAUGUCCAAGUACAAGACUCUUCAGUAACUCUCUCUCUCAUACACACCCCUCUUUGUUUCAUAGUUAAGAGAACCAGUGGGAGAGGGGCUAGGGCAUGAAAUCCCACCUCCACAUAGCUUUCUAUCCAGAUCUCCCUCUCCCUGUUUGCUUUUAGAUCAUGCUGUGGUUUUUCAGAGCCAACAGAUCCGUUCAGUUAGAAUGACCUUUGUUCUAGUUUAAAGAGAACAAAGAACAAAAGUAAAGUCUCUAUGAUGGAGCACCUGUGGCAGAUGUGGGUGCCCUCUAUAAAAGUCUGCACUGGACUGAACACAAAAAUGGCUGCCUGGCUCUGCAGAGAGUCAAGUCCUUCCAGAUUUAAAGUGGUAGGGCUCAGAAAACCAAGAAAUAACAGUUACAUAGUUAGAUACACCACAGCCACAGCCCCUCUCUCCAGACUGAGAUGUGUCCUGCAUUUUGUAGACCUGUAUGUAAAUAACUACCACAGGUAGCAUGGAUGGGACAGUAACUAAUUUCAACACUAUUGUCACUACAAAGCAGGUAGCUCAGACCAUCUCUAAUCUCAAAUGCUCUUCUCCCAACUGUAACUGGGCAGCUUGUCUUCAUUGAAGGCUGUGUCCAUUCUUCUUCUCAGAAGCCAGGGUUUCCUCCCUCCCCUGCCCAUCACCCUCACAUCCUCCUGCUCCUAUCAGGGUUUCACCAGUGCAUUUCAUUCAUCUUUUUCUGGAUUUCAGAAAUAACGAAGACAGCUCCUCAGUGCAUGCAUCAGAAAGCUUUCAGGAGGGGAGACACCCGUGUACUCGCUGUACUUCUCUAUACUCAGAAAAAAGCACUUCUCCCAUGGUCAUGGUCAUGGUCAUGGGGCAGGCAUAAUUUAAGGUCCUGCUCCCAUUGGCUUCAACAGAAGCUGGAGCCAGAUUAUUAUUCUUUUAGUACCAGUCAAAAUAAUUCAGGCUUACCCAUCAUCUACAUAAAAACCUUCCUAUCCCACCGAGCUGAUCCAACUCUCCUUCAGUCCACCCUUCUCACGGCAGGUCUACACUGGUUUCUAAAACCCACAGCAGCCAUUCUCAGAGCCCAGGUCCACAGACUCAUGUUUACACUACAGUGCUAAAAACAGCUGUGUAGACAUUCAGGCUCAGGCUGGAGCUUAAGAUCUGAAGCCCAUCUCCCUCCCAGCCUGAGUGGCAAUGUCUACACGGCUGUUCUUAGUGCCAUAGCACGAGCCCAAAUCAUAGACUUUAAGGCCAGAAGGAAGCAUUAUGAUCAUCUAGUCUGACCUCCUGCACAGCACAGUCCACAGAACCCCUACCCAUCCACUCCUGUAAUAGGUCCCUAACCUCUGGCUGAGUCACUGAAGUCCUCAAAUCUUGAUGUAAAGACUUCAUCAGCGCAUUCCCCAUUUACUCUCAUUCAAACCAGCAAGUGACCCGUGCUGCAGAGGAAGGUGACCUCCCUCCCUGAGUCCUUCACAACUCCAAAUAUAGCGAUCAGUUUGACCCACCAGCCAAACACCUGGGAAAGAAUUGUCUCUAGUAACUCAGAGCCCUCCCCAUCUAAUGUCCCAUUUCCAGCCACUGGAGAUAUUUGCUGCUAGCAGUCGCAGGUAGGCCAUAUGUCAUUGUAGGUAACCUCAUUGUACCGCCCCCUCUAUAAACAUGUGAAGCCCAGUCUUGAAACAAGUUAGGUUUCGUUGCCCCCCAGUGCUCCCCUUGGAAGGCUGUGUCAGCACUUCACUCCUUUGAUGGUUAGUAACCUUUGCUUAAUUUCAAGCCUAAACUUAUUGAUAGCCAGUUUAUACCCAUUUGUUCUUGUACCAGCAUUGGCCCUUAACUUAAAUAACUGUUCUCUCUCCCUGCUAUUUAUUCCUCUGGUGUAUUUAUAGAAUAUCUCCACUCAGCCUUUGUUUUGUUAGGCUAAACAAGCCAAGCUCCUUAAGUCUCCUCUCAUAAGGCAGGUUCUCCAUCCCUCUGAUCAUCCUAGGAGCCUCUCUCUGUGCCUGUUCCAGUUUGAAUUCAUCUUUCUUAAACAUAGGAGACAAAAAUUGCACACAGUAUUCCAGAUGAGGCCUCACCAGUGCGCUGUGUAAUGGUAAGAAGACUUUUCUAUCUCUACUAGCAAUACCUCGCCUAGAUCUGGCCUCUGAGACUUGCUGCAGUGAGUGUAGACAGUGUAGACGUACUCAGAGACCAGGCAUGGAAAAUAGAUCAGCAUUUCAGACAACAAACUGCACCAAUGGGCAAUAGGUUGAGGAUCUGUCAGACAUGGAAAGGAAGGAGAGUGAGUUCAAGAGUCCAGGAACCUUCUCUGAAAUUUUCUAAGUCUCUUCCAUUUAAACCUGGAGGCUGUUAGCUCAAGUACUUUAGCUGAUCUCAACUGCCUUGAUAUCACACAUGGAGACUGCAAAAGAGACUAUCUAUCAGGAGCCAAAUCCUUAAUAUAAACAAUGGAUUUUAUGUAGUUAUAUAUUUAUUAGGCCCAAUUUUUGCUGGGUCCGUAUUUUAGGCAUACACAGACACUACCUGGUGUGUAAACACCAAGCUAGGAAGACCUCUAACCAGCCAACGUGCUCACACAAAUGCAGGGUUUACAUGUGAAAAUGUAGACGUUUGGCUGAAAAUGCGUCCCCCUAUGUCUGUAUCACAUGGGGAAGAGGGACGCAGCAUUUGAUUAGUUUGGGAGGGUGGAAAGCCUGUUUCAUCUGGUUCUUCAAGCACAACUGGCACAAACUCAUAAAAAGGAGUGGUAUUGGGGACAGCUCCCUCAGGAUAAGAUCAAACAGCACUAGAUUGGCAGAAGAUCAACCAACAGAUUAGCUUUGCUUGCUAUAACGGAGCUCCCUGAGUUAGCCCUUCAUGUGGCCUGGCUGAAUGCUAACAAUAACACUUUUUGCCUGUAGAUCUCAGAGCACUUUAUGAAUGUAGGAAUCAUUACCUCCAAUUUACCAAUGAGAAACUGAGGCACAGGGAAGUCAAAAGAGUUGACCAAGAUUAUACAACAAGCCCAUGGCCUUGGCCUGAUGCCCUAUGCAUUGGACCACAUUGCUAAGCUAAAUACCUAGUAUUUUAUACUCUUUAUUAAAGAUAAAUAAAUAUCCUUUAUUAAAAUGUGGCUGCUGUGCAUGGCUAGAAUUCGCCUCUCAGCUCUGCACUGCAGAGAAGAGAUCUGCAGAGUGGAGCAGAGAGGAAAGUUUUGCCCUUAAAAUUUUGGAGGAAGGUCGCUUUAAAAAACAAAACACCAACUCUGGAGAGGUUUUUUUUAAAAAUCACACAAUACAGACAGCAGCAAAGUGGGUUUGUUUGAGUGAUAGGUGCCAGUUUUUGCUUCUCCUUAACGUGCUGCUAGGAGUGAUUAACAAAGAAAACUGCUAUCGUUGUCAUUACGCAACACUCAGGCGGAGAGAUGGUUACUUCGCUUUGCCCCUUAGAAAGUUCCACAACAGCAGCAUGUUAAAAAUCAAGGCCCAGUUAAUCAUUGGCGAAUUACACUGGAAAUGUUACCAAAGUAUCAUGUGAAUCACCUGUAUUAAUGCCAAGUGAUAAAAUCAUCAGGAUUACUAUUACUACAGGAAUUACCCACAGGAAUUCUCCUCAGAAUUUAAGUCUUUCUGGUAAUUUAUACCAACUAGAAUACAUUACUGCAUGGCUGCUCAUUAUUCACUGAUCAAUACUAUAAUAGUCCCGUGCACUUCUUAGCUUCUUCAGUCUCAAAGAACUCUACAAAUAUUAAAGAAUUAAGCUUCAAAACCCCCUGACAGAUAGGUGUAACAUUGUGGAUUUAGGGCUUGUCUUCACAUACAGCGCUGCAGCAAUGCAGCUGCACCGCUGUGAUAUUUCAACAAAGACAGUACUACGCUGAGCUAUUUAAUCCACGUCCCUGAGAGGUGGUAGCUAUGUCGGCCGAAGAAGCUCUCCCAUUGACAUAGCGCUGUCUACACGGGGGGUAGAGAAGUAUAACUGUGUCGCCCAGGAGUGUGGAUUUUUCACACCCCUGAGCGUUGUAGUUAUACUGAUAUAGGUGUGUAGUGUCAACCUGGCCUUAGUCCUCACCUACCGUCCUAUAGAAUAUGAUCCCCCUUUUACAGCAGGGGAAACUGAGGCAUAGACCUCACCACGGUCAGAGAGUGAAUCUAUGGUGCACCCAAGAACAACUCCACUGUCGUGCUCUGGCUACUGGGAAUUGCUCUUGGUCUGGGUACCUAGCUUCAUUGCAACUAGUGGUUGACCCAAUUCAAAGGGCUCAGUGAUUCAUCCGAGGUGAGGGUGUAACUUAGAGCCCUCUGAUUCUCAAUAGUUUCAGUAGCUCAGAGAUGAGGCAAUAGUACAAACCCUCUAGAUGCUGCUCUUACCUUUGGAGUCUGAACAUUUGCAUAUGCUUUCUUUGGAAAUCAGUUUGGAAAACCUCAGUGUUGUAAACAGACCAGUGCUGCCACAGGACACUAAAUUGCCCACAGACAUGUCUCCUGUGACACCAGAUACGAGACUCUAGAUCCAGCCAACAGAUGCCUCUGGCACAACUGUUGGGUCUGACAUGCUGGAAUUCAGGACGCCUCAGAAAGUCUCUUGAUACCAAAAGGUGAUAAAGGAUUUAGCAGCUUGUCUGCAUUGCUGAGGUUUUGCCGGUCUCUUUUUUGUCUAAUGUUCGGUGUUUUCCAUCGUGCAUUCUAGCAAGGACAGGAAAAUGGGAUUAAUCAGGGGAUAGUUGCUAUGGAAAUGUUGAACUCGGAGGGGCUGCCUUGUAUCUUCUGAGACUGCAGUGUUUUAAUUAUGCCUGUGUCUUGGCUGCUUUUAUUGCGUUAGUGAUGUUGGCAUAGACAGCAUCAUGCAUUGCAUAAACAGGCUAUAGGAUGUAUAAUUUACAUGCAAGUUCUGGUGUUUUGUUAAAAAUUCCAUAGCCAUUGAGCUGUUUUAUCAGAUUGACUGAGGCAGAAAAGCAGCCAACUUGCCAUUCAAGAAGUUCUGAAAUAUUUAAGAUGAAGCGAUGUUGAGCCCUGCUUGUGACACACAAAAGGCAAUUUUUUUGCCUGGCACCUUAUAUUUGCUUAAUCAAUUUUAAUUAGUGACAAACAAGAUCAUUCCAGCUGGUGCCGUUUAUUGUUGAUGCACUUUAUUGGCUAGCGAUUCUCAACGGCGACUGGAGAACAAGCACAGAAUUGGAUUUUCCUCAAAGUACCACCAUUCAAAUAAAUAAUCGCUUCAUUCCCAUCUAAUUGCUCUGACUAAAAAGUGAGUCUGUCUGGUUUUGGAGACAGUACAACCUGAAGAAAUGCAGCCAGGACUGGGAGUGAGGACACCCUGAAUUCUGCCACCAAUUAAUUAUGUGGCCUUGGGAAAAUUGCUUCACUUCUCUGUCUCAUUGUCUCCCUCAGCUGUAAAGUGGGGGUAAUACCUCAUUGAGCACUUGUGAAGAUUGACUAGGUAGGGCCAAAUCCUGCUCUCAGUUAUACAGUUCCAAUUCCCAUUGCACCAUUAACCCUCCAGAUCUGAACUUUCCCAAAGUUGAGAUCUGAGGUUUUAGUCUGGGCCACUGUAUAGGGCAGGGCCAGCCAUGAAGUUUGGGUCUGGAUCAAGAUGUCCCAGUGUUUAGAGUUGAGGGUUCUGUUCAUUCCCAUCUCCCACCCUGCCCUCCCCCACAAAUAAAACACGAGAAGAAUGAGCCUGACAAAGUAGCACAAUUCUCCCUUAAAUCUGGAAGCAGGAGACAGGAUCUGAAGGAUCCCCAAUGGCCUCCCAGUCCUGUCCAGCUAAUUGCAGCAUUGUGACUUUCCCAUUUGAGCUGAGGUAGGGACUAGGCUGCUUGUUCUGCCUUAUAAACAAGGGUCUUUGUAAUCACAGCGCUAUCCCUUCAACUCCCUUCUGAACUGGGCUGCUUUGGUUUGCGACUGAUAUUUACCCAAUGUGAGACCAGGAGGGACAACCUUCCCUUCCAGCAUAGGACUAUUGGAACAAGGAGAAACACUGCUUCCUAAGAAUCUGAGCAAGGAACAGAGCCUAGCAGAACCAACCCUACUGUAUGUAGGUCAUUGGAAAGAGCUGAAUACCACUCCCUUUUUGGAUGGCACUCAAAACCCUCCCGUAGGCCAGGAGGCCUCACUGGACCCCACAACUUCUAAGUAUUCGGCUCUCAUCAAAGUCCUAAAGUUGCUCAUAAACAGAGAGAAUUUCAAGUACUUACAGAAGGGAAGCUAGUGUCAACUCAUAAAUGAAAGCUAAAUAUUGGUCCUGGAUUCAAUUCCUGUAAUGAAAAGAAUCAUACAGGGAAAACUCAUAAGUGCUCAUUUGGAGGGUGAUUUUUUCCCUCCCUAUGAGUGGAGAGGGUUUGCUGGUUGUGGGUUUGUUUUGUUUUGUUUUUUUUUUUGGGGGGGGGGGGGGGAGAAGAGGGUUGGAUUCAUCACCCGGAGCUUUUAUGCCUCCUUCUGAAAAAACUGCAGCAGAGGAAGGCUGCCUCCCCCAACAUGCCAGCAGGCAAUGUGGGUUUGAUCAUUCGCCUGUUGUCAGUGGGAGAAAUACAAAUGCUUCAUUUCACUAACUCCUGCCACACCAUGUUACUCAGGUUACCUGCAAAAUGCCCAGUUCCUUGUGAGAAAACCUAGGAAACAGGAACCUCCAUCAAAUUUUUAGUGCUUCCACCAAAACGCUGCCAGUCAAAUAUUUCCUAAUUUCAUAGUCUCAGUAAAGAAAACCCCUAAAGCCUGUGACUUUGUCUGCUGUUGAUCUCUGUAUAAUCUACUGUUUAUCUGAUCUACAUUUCUAAUGUGCACAGCGCCAGGGUAGAUAGAUGUCAUUUUCCCCUUUAUAAAUAUGAAUGUGUUUGAGAUAAAAGUUUUACAAGGGGGACAGUACUUGUCUCUUCUGCAUCACCAUUUGCUUGAAGGCAUGAGACUGCACCGAAAUGUUACCUGUGAUAUUUCUCAACAUAAAAACAAGGGCUUUCAAAGGGGCUUUAUUGCGGUGGUUCCUUCGUGCUUGUAACUCCAGUUUCUUUCUUCCUAUCCCAAUGGUCCUGUCUACUAGGGAUCAGAGUGCCAUCACUGCCCACCUCCCAUUCAGUGAUGAGUGCUCGGACCGGACAUGGAUAUUGGGGUGUUCCAGGCUGCCAUCUCAGAGUGCUCUCACAUUUGAAUGGGAGGUGGCAGACACUGACUAAUACAAGAACUUGGUUGAUCUGGACAUCCGGCAAAUCAAUCCAUUUGCCUGAAAAGGUUGAGGAGUGCUGUUCAAGCACACAGGAAAAUUAGAUCAAUGGUUAUAAGUAUAGGACCCUUUUGUCUGUGCUACGUCCUGUACUUUCUUUAAAAAAAACGCAUGCGCCUUAAGUUUGUGAAAGGGAAUGCACAACUGAAUAAAAAACCCUCUAGGUGCUGAUGUAAAUUGUCCCUGUGCUCAUCUCUCUCUGCUGCAUGAAGCAUGCAAGAUCUUUUGGGAGAACUUCUGUUUUAAUGCACUGCACAGAUCACAUGUAUUUAAGCUGGAGAACCACAAACCAGUCAAAAAAGCUAGGUUUUACCCCCACUCCAUUUCCACCAUAUUUAUUUUGGGCAUUGCAGCUGCAUAUCAAAAUACACUGUGCUACUCCAUUGUAGUGACAUAGAAUAUCAUAGCAAGCGACAGCAAGGGUAGAAGUCAGAACCUUCUGUGCCACAAACACAAGUCUUUUCCCAUUUUAGCCAAAAGAACGCAUCUGUUGGAUGUACAGCAGCAAUAAGAGCUUAGAGACACUUAGGAUCCAGCCACGAGAAGACAUAACCCUAAGACUCAAAUAGGUGUGACAUUCCAUCCUGGAGAAAGCAGUGCUUUCUUACUCAUGCCCCCACCAGCCAGUAUUAACAAUAUUUCAGUAAACUUGUACAUCCAGCUUUCCUCCAUGUUCAAGCAGACACCUAUACAUGUCCAGGUAAUGCUGCAAUUCAUUGUCCCAAUCAGGAUCACAUUAUGUGUUAUCUCCCGUUAUGUGCAACUGAUCUGAUGUGAAAUCAGAUUAUACCCACAAGUCAGUUUUAAAUUAUUUCUAAUGACCUCCACUGUACACCUAGGACCCAUACCUUUUCCUCUUGAUCAUCUGUAUUUAUUGCUAGGGCUAAGCUAGGAUUAACUGAUCGGUAGUCCUGUGUAUCAGUGAACAAGCCAAAGGAAAACUAUGUUUCCUAAUUUCUUCCCAGGAUGAAAGAGUAAAAUGUGGGGGGAAAUCUACAGUGAAGACAAGCAAAUAACUAUUAGGAAGGUCUCCACACAGGUGCAAAUUGUGCUUUCAUUUAACACUGGUAAAUCCAAAGUAAUUCACUGAACCAAAUUCUUCUCUCAGUUACAAGGAUGCUAUUCUCGUUGAGUUAAUCGGGAAUAGUAUGCUUGCAACUCAGAGAAGGAUUUUGUCCAUCGACUUCACUGGAGUUGUUCUGGAAUUACACUAAUAUAACAAGCUGCAGAACAUGGCCUAUACUGGGUCUCCUGAAAGGUUAGCAACAGCUCCUGAAGUGAACUUCUUCAGCAAAUAUUUACACAAGUGCUACAUAGGAUAGGCUAAAAUUCUUUGCUACCAAACAAAAGUUGGAUGCUGCUCAAGGAACAUCAGGAAAUAUUCUUUUCAUCUGCUGUAUCAUGUGUUACAUCCCAAAAGGCAAUGGCUGUGUAUAUCGGGUUUCCCUUCCCUAUCACCCUAAGGAAGCUAAGAGGUUUGCAAUGCAAUGGUUAGUCUUGAUUUUAACUCAUAUAUAUAUAUAUAUAUACAUACACACACACACUCAUAUACUCUUUAUAUAUAUAUAUAUAUAUAAGAGUCCAAACUGAUUGCGUAGAGUGCCAAACUGUUUGAAAAAAAAUUGUAUGCCUAUUUAUAUCACAAAGUAUGUUACUGUGACUUGCUGUGUUUUGAUACUGUGGAUUUUUUUUUAGUUAAAUAUAUUCUCUUGCUGUACAGUUUGAGUGGAGUGGAAGAGAUUCUCUCUACAGCCUUGAGACAGUGUAUUCUUAUUGGGUGGAAGUUAACAUGUGCGCUCUCUUCCUACCCACCAGUUGUAUAUGUGGUAGCUCUGAGUAAACAUAAGCACACACCCAUGAUGUCUGAAGGGAGACUGGGGACAUGGCCCAGCGUUCAAGGAUUAAUGAAUUGAGGCCAUUGGGCAAAUGCAGACUUGAAUGAUGAGUGGCCAAAACUGCCACACAGGGAUAUUUUUGCUGUUUCCCUCCCAUCUAACAUUACCCGAGUCCACAGCCUAGAAAUCAAAGAUUGAGCAAGACCCAUUAGCUCACGUGGUCUAUCCCCCUAAUAAAGGCAGAAUUGUUCCUUA